GCAGGAAACAAACCAAACAGACCUCCUUGAAUUCUCUCCUUCUUCCUCAAGUCACCCCAUCUAAUAUAACUCCAUUCCCUACCAAGAAUCCAAACGCCUCCCAAAGAGAAGGAUUAAAAAAAAAAAAAAAUCAAUUCUCUCACAACCAUCAUCUCCUUCGAUUCAUGGUUGAAAUUAAUCCCCAAAAAGCCAUCCAAACACUCCAAAAGCCAAAACCCACAUCCCAUAAUUCAAAACACCCAGAUCUCCAAACCAAAGAACACAUUGUCCUUCAUGGAGAUUGAAAUAUAAAUAUAACCCCCCCAAAAACCCAUCCAAAACACCCAAAAAACCAAAACCCACAUCCCAAAUCCCAUAAUCCAAAACACCCAAAUCUCCAAAUCAAAGAACACAUCUUCCUUCAUGGGUUUCCCACACAUACACAUGAGAUCCAAGACCCAAAACCCCCUCAACAUGAAGCUACUCUUAUUGGGGAUUUUCCUUGCAUUUCUCCUCCUCUUUGUCUUGAGAUCAAACCUCUCAUCUGCUCCAGAAAGCCCAUCUCCCACCAAUCAAGACCCACCAUCAGAAGAAAUCCAAUCAGGCCUAACUACAACAUGCUCCCAAUGCAGUAAGCUCCCAGCCUCUGUAUCUCAGGCGCUCGUCCACUACGCAACCUCCAACAUCACCCCACAGCAGACGGCGAGCGAGAUCUCUGUCUCCUCCCGAGUCCUGGAGCGCAAAUCCCCAUGCAACUUCCUGGUAUUUGGGCUGGGCCACGACAGCCCCAUGUGGGCCGCGCUCAACUACGGUGGCCGUACGGUCUUCCUUGAAGAAGACAAGGCAUGGAUCGAGCAGGUCACGACCAAGUUCCCCGGCCUCGAGACAUACCAUGUGGUGUACGAUACUAAGGUGCGCCACGCGGACGAUCUGAUGAAGGUGGGCCAGCAGGACGAUUGUACGGUUGUGGGUGAUGCUAGAUUUUCUAAGUGUGGUCUGGCCUUGAAAGGGGUACCGAGUGACGUGUACGAGGUGGAGUGGGACCUGAUCAUGGUCGAUGCACCGACGGGGUACUUCUCGGAUGCACCGGGGAGGAUGGGAGCCAUAUACACGGCUGGGAUGAUGGCCAGGUAUAGGAAGGAUGGAGAGACGGACGUUUUUGUCCAUGAUGUCGAUCGAACGGUGGAGGAUAAGUUUUCAAAGGCCUUCUUGUGCAAAGGUUAUAUGAGUCAACAGGAAGGGAGGUUGAGGCAUUUUACUAUUCCUAGCCACAGGGAUAGUUCGGACAAGCCAUUUUGCCCCAAGAGGUAGAGGGUGUUUUGGACCAUCCAGGGGCAUUUUGGGGUUUUUACUUUUUUUUUUUUUUUUUUUUGAGUGAGUUUUGGAGGAGUGGUGACCAUUGAUUGGUAUGAUGAGAUUACCAGGCUGAAAGGAUGAUCCUGACCAUUGAUUGGUAGAGUUGAAUUUGAACCGUUGGAAAUUUUCCUCUUGUUUGUCCAUAUUCAGCUAUGAAUAUCAGUGGUGAAAAUCAUCCUUUGGAGAUGGACGGUUCUGAUCAUCAUUUCACUGUCUUUGCAUGUUGGUCUCACGGGGCUGCAUGCUGUAUUAGGAUGAAUCACAACUCCAGCAGAACAAACUACUUUUUCCAUUUAUUACAUUUUUUUUUUCUUUCUGAGCGGUGGAAUGGACGGUUCGUACAAGUGGGCGCGAGAGAAGUAUAUGAGUCUAUUGAUGGGAAUUUGAUGGUGUUUCUAGAUUUUUUUUAUAAACGGUUUACUCUUCUAAAAUCUCGUUGCUAUAUACUUGAAUAAAGAUGAAUGGUUUUCUUUGUGCA